AUGAAUGGUAUGAUGUUGGAUCCGUUGCCUCAGUGCCUAUUCAAAGAGGGAAGUGAAACACAAGUGGAGAAGGUUAACAACACUUGUCGAACUUCCAUACUUAAGGAGGUGGAGAAGUACAUUAAAGCCGACUACAAGGAUGUGUUGGAUGAUCUGCUAUUUGCUCAGCUUCUGACCUCGAAGCUUCAUGAGCUGUGGUUCCAUUAUGCUAGGAGGCCUCUCAGAUUUUCAAUGCAAGAGUUCUAUGCGAUCACUGAUCUGAAGUAUGAAGACGACGAGCCUGACUUGGAUAUUGAUAAUUGGAAAUAUGAUAAAGGGUUUUGGGCAAAGUUGCUAAGGAGAAAAGGAAAAAUUUCCUUAGAGGAAAUCAGGAAGGUGCAUCUGAAGAAUUGUAAUACAUGGUCUCGUGUAGAUAGGCUGAGGAUGGUGUAUUUGUGUGUGAUCUGUGGUAUAAUUAUGGCGAAGGAUGAGAGGGUUGCCAUCCCACACAAGUACAUCAAGCUGGUGAUGGAUUUCGAGAAGAUGAGGAAAUAUCCAUGGGGUCUUCACUCCUUUGAUAUGCUGGUGACUUCUAUUAUCGAAGCUAGGGAUAAAGUGAAGACUCAGAACAGCCAUGUUGUAGAUGGGUUCUCUUAUGCACUUCGGAUUUGGUUGAUGGAGGCUAUUCCAGACAUUGGGUCGCUUUUGGGUCAGAAACUCCAACAAGGCGUGACUAGCAUGAGAUGCAGGAACUGGAAAGGAUCUGCCAAGGUUUCCUAUGAUGAUAUUACUAGCUUAGAGUCUACUUUUGGAUCCAUUGGAGAUAAAUUUCCAUAUUUAUCUUCCACUGGAAAUUACAAUGUCGUUUUAGGUGAGGAGUUUAAACGAGCUUCUGAGAUGAAGGAUGAAAGAGACGAUCUGAUGAUGGAGAUGAUCGAAAAGAAAUAUGCUUGGAGUAAGCAUGAGUGGGGUUUCAAGGAAACUGUAGAGCCAUUUGUGGACAGUUCUGAUGAAGAUGGUUCAGAUAGAGAGGAGGCUGGAGAAACAAGUGAGACUGGAGUGGAAGAAGAAAUAGAAACCACCCCUGUGUCUGCUCCAAGGAAGAGAAAGAAGAAAUAUCAGGAUACUGGUGCCGAGUCAAGGAAGAAGAGGUUACUUUUGCAAAGAUCAACCGAGAAGUACAGAGAUCUUGAAGAGGAAAUAAAGUCCUAUAUCCAGGUUAUGUUCAAGUCUUCUUUCACUGCCUUGGGGCUCGAGGUACGCGACAUGAUUGAUGACCGGUUUGCCAAAUUAGAGGAGAAGCUCCUUUCAUCUCAGAAUCAGGGUGGUGCUCCGGCUGAUACUCCUGCUGCGGCUACUGUUCCAGUUUCUACUACUGCUCCGGUUUAUACUCCUUCUCCUAUUCCAGCUUCUACUAAAGUUCAUACUUUGGUUUCUACUCGUGGUGUUGCUCCUUCUGGCAGUCGAGCUUAUGCUCCUUCUCGUACUCGAGCUUCUGGUCCUUCUGGCAGUCGAGCUUCUGCUCCUUCUCGCAGUGGUGGUCCUGCAAAUGCUGCGAAGGCAAGGUCUCAGACAAAGGUAAACAAGAAGUAG